GUGAAGAGGAUGAGGGCUGCUGGGGACGGAUGAGCCCUGUCUCCUGCGAUUUGGCAGCGGCAGGAUCCACCCCCGAAAGAUACGAAAUGGUGCGAUCAUGUUCCGCUGCUAAUUGUGUCAACCGCCAGACCGUGCUGACCAAGCGCAAGGGAAUAACGUUUCACCGGUUUCCCAAAGAAGAGUCUCGGAGGACGCUGUGGGUGAAUGCCGUGUCUCGCUCCCACACAGCUGUCGGCAGUGACUGGACGCCAUCUGUUCACAGCUCUCUGUGCUCGCAGCACUUCCAUGAUAAGCAGUUUGACCGGACUGGACAGACCGUGCGACUGAGGGACUCUGCAGUCCCCGUAGUCUUCUCAACGCUUACUGCACCACAAGUGACGAUGCCUCGUCACUGCUCCGCUCUUGGCUGCACCACCCGAGAUUCUCGACAGACAAGAGACGAGAACAUCUCUUUCCACAGGCUUCCAAGGAAGGAAGACCAUAGACGGAGCCUGUGGAUUGCAAACUGCAGAAAGGAGACCCCCAUCGGCCUUGGGCUUUGGGACCCUUCUUCUGACUAUGUUUAUUUCUGCUCCAAACACUUUGAGAAGAGCUGCUUUGAAGCCGUUGGCAUCAGCGGAUACCAUCGUCUGAAGGAGACGCUGUGCCAACGAUAUUUGCCCUCAUCAAAACUGCAGAGGACAGAAAAACUCCGAGCACAGAAAAAGAAAAAUUCCAAGGUCACAAAAACAAAAGUAAUGAGGAAAAAAGACUUACUGGUAAACAGUAACACAGCCCCAGCAGAGAGCGCCAAUCCUUCAGACAACCAGAGUUUGGAUAGCGGGAGGUUUGACAAUGUACCCACAACAGAUCUGGUACACUUUCAUGGACUUUGCCCGGAAAACAUUGAUAUUCCAGGAGAUGCAGCUCCAGCUGAAGGAGCCUUGGCCACCACUGUGGACCACCAGAUGCAUCCAGAGGCGGCACUGGAAGACUUAGAGGUUUCAUCAGCAGUUAAUGGGCCACUAUCAGACUUAGAACUGGCACAUGUACGAGAGGAGAUGUCUGCUGAAAUGUCUCUAAACACAGAAUCAAGCAAACCCUCGGAGGACAAAACUCCUCGGCCGGUGUCUCCCUCCACGUACAUGAUGCGCAUCCCACAGCCGCCAGGAGCUUACAUACAGAAUGAGCAUAGUUACCAUGUGGGAAAUGCGCUGUUAUGGAAGCGAAGAGCAGAGGCUGCUCUAGAGGCUCUGAGCAAAGUUCAGAGGCAGCUGGAGGCUUGUAGGAGGCGUGAACAGCGGCUCCGUCUGCGGAUCUCUGCUUUACAGCAAGAGCAUAUGCGGGAGCGGCGCGCACAGUCUGACGUCAGAGAGAAGCUAAAGGAGCAUCUUCAAGUGUUUGAACUCCAGCUCAUUAAUGACUUUGUGUAGAAGCAGGGGUCAGUAACCUCUGGUACGUCAGCUCUUGUGAAACUACAACCCCCAGCAUGCACACUUGCUCAGCUGUUCUUGAAACUCUCUUAGUAGUAAAUGGAGCAUGCUGGGAGUUGUAGCUUCACAGCAGCUGGAGUACCGGUGGUUGCAGACCUCAGGCGUAGAGUGUCUGUUGUGAGUCAGAUGGGCAGGGGUCCAAUGUUCUGAAUAGCCCUCUUCCCUAUUACCAUACAUUGUCCCCACAAUGUAUCAGUUUAAAAGGAACCUACAUUUUUACUGAAAGCACAGAAGUUGCAGCAGUGCUUCUCAGAGCACUCUGCAGCUCUCGCUUGCAUCGGCUAUGCUCUACUUUUCCAGCGUGCACAGUACGGAUCCUAUAUCCUUUCUAUAGAGCCAGCAUGCAGAGUACGGAUCCUUUAUCCUUUCUAUAGAGCCAGCAUGCAGAGUACGGAUCCUAUAUCCUUUCUAUUCUUUCUAUAGAGCCAGCAUGCAGAGUACGGAUCCUAUAUCAUUUCUAUGGAACCUGCGUGCACAGUACGGAUCCUAUAUGCUUUCUAUAGAGCCAUACUCUGUGUGUUGGAAAACAAAGCAGAGCCGAUGCAAGCCAAAGGUGUAGCUCACUUUGAGAAGCUCUGCUACACCUUCCAUGCUUUCAGUAAAUGUUUAGGUCCCCUUUAAAGGUACCCUGUCAUGUUGCAUAUGGUGUCUGAGCUGCAGGCAGCGUGUUAUAAAGCAGGAGGAGCGGAGCAGAUUGAAAUAUAGUUUUGUGGAAAAAGA